AGGUGUCUGCGCCCAAGGCGGAGAAUGCAGAUGCCCAGUCUGUGCCGCUGACCCUGCUCCGCCCGCCCCCUUCCCCGAUGACCCUGGAGGAGCCGCCCCCCGCUGGGGAGAUGGAGGAAGAGGGGCCCGUAGACCUGCGGACCCGGGGCAAGGCGGCCACUGCCACAAAUCAGGCCCAGCGCCGAGCUCCCCCGGAGGCCUCACUGCCCCUGAGGAAAAGGCCCUACCGGAACCCCGAGACCCCAGCCCCUGCCGCAGAGAAAGCUCCUAGGAUGGAGGGAGGCAGUGCUGCUUCGGGGUUGGCGACCGAGGGGGCCAUCUGGACGCCCAGUCCCGGCCUGAGCAUGGCACGACCCCCGGCUCUCUACUUACCAGGCUCCUUCCCAGCCCCAGCGCUGCCCUUCUACCCUCCAGCUCUGACUGGAUCAUUGUCCCUGUUGGGCUUCCCACCACCCCCCUUCUCCCUGAUCUGCCCCCUGGAGUACCCGCUGGCCUCUGACAUCGCCAUGGCAACCCGGGCUGAUGAGGAUGGAGAUACGCCUCUCCACAUCGCUGUGGUCCAGGGCAACCUCCCGGCCGUUCAGCGCCUCGUCGACCUCUUCCUGCAGGGAAGGAGGGACUUGGACGUCUACAAUCACCUGCGGCAGACCCCGCUUCACCUGGCUGUGAUCACCACGCUCCCCUCAGUGGUGCGGCUGCUGCUGUCGAGGGGCGCUAGCCCCAUGGCUUUGGACCGGCACGGCCAGACAGCGGCACACCUGGCCUGCGAGCACCGGAGCCCGAGCUGCCUGCGGGCCCUGCUGGAAGGGGCUGCGCCGGGGGCCGUGGGGCUGGAGGCCCGAAACUAUGAGGGUCUGACCCCACUGCACGUGGCGGUGAACACAGAGGAUCCAGAAACCGUGUUGUACCUGCUGGAGAGGGGCGCGGACAUAGAUGCUGUGGACAUCAAAAGCGGCCGCUCCCCUUUAAUCCACGCUGUGGAGAAUAACAGCCUCAGCAUGGUGACUCUGCUGCUUCAGCACGGUGCCAACGUGAACGCGCAGAUGUACUCGGGCAGCUCAGCACUGCACUCGGCCUCAGGCCGGGGUCUCCUGCCACUCGUGCGGACCCUGGUGCGGAGCGGGGCAGACAGCGGCCUCAAGAACUGCCACAACGACACCCCCCUCAUGGUGGCCAGGAACCGUCGGGUCAUUGACAUCCUGAGAGGGAAAGCUGCUCGCCCUGCCCCCCCCGGCCCCCCCGAGGGGCUUUCGCCAGAGCAGAGCUGCCCCCACUCCCCCGAGAGUGGCAGCCGCCUCAGCCCCAACGGUCCCCUCUCAACGUCUCCAUCGUCCUCACCCCCACGUUCGCCACUCGGUCCCCCCGACGGCCCCCCUGGUUCUUACCACCUCUACCUGCCCCGGUCGCCCUCUCCCCUGAGCCUGCUUCCCUUCCCCGGGGUGCGCUACCCCCCGCUCCCUUCCCCUGCCCAAGAUGGGAGCUGAUGAGGGGUCCGGGGCGCCGAAAAGCUGUGAAGGCCUCGCCCCCUUCCCCGCCUGUCCUCCUCUUGGCUCAGGGUGCUCUGUCUCC